GGCGGGGGGGCGGGUCCUGCGGCCGCGGGGACCUGGAGCUGGACGCGGGAGCGCGACAGCGCAGAGCGUCUGACGACGUGGAGCACGAGGCAGCGGCGGCGCGAUGCGAGCGGUCAACCUGGACACGUACAGCCUGUCUCUGCUCACGGCCAAGGAGGACAUCGUGAAUCCGCGCUGCUCCACCAACUGGGCAUUAUUCAGAUAUGAUGGCAUUACCAACAACCUCAGACUGUCAGAUUCAGGAGUGGGUGGACUGGUGGAGUUGGUUCAGAAGUUUCACCCCAACCGGGCAUACUAUGGGCUGUGCCAGGUGGGCACGGAUGGACCAGGGCAUCCCCAUGUCGUUCUGAUCGCAUGGGUGGGCGAAGGGGUGGAUGAGUACAGUAGGAUUGAAUAUGCCAGCCACCUUCCUGCCAUCAAGGAAUUCUUCAAGGAAGCUCACAUAUAUGUCAGUGCGAAGACCCUGGACGACGUGACGGAGGAGCGAAUCAAUGCCAAAUUCAGCAAGACAGACACCUCAGCAUCAAAUGCAAAGCUGGUUUCCCGCUUUGUGGAGAAGACAGAGUCUGUGGGAACUAACUACAGGAGGACAAUUGCUGCCAUGGAGAUGCGAAGAAUCAAUAGGGAUUCAUUCUGGGCACGCUCAGAGAGAGACGAGGAGAAGAGGAAAGAGGAGGAGAGACGACGAGCAGCAGAGGAAAGGAGGCGUUGGGAAUGGGAGAGGAUACAGCAGGAGCUCAGGGAGGCUGAGGAGAGGGAGAGGAAGAUGGAGGAGAAAGAGCAGAUGCUACAGGAACAGAGGAGGUUGCAGGCAAAAAUGGAAGCAGAAGCACGAAAACAGGAGAUACUGAGAUGGGAGCAACAACAAAGAGAACAAGAGGAGGACAUGAGGACAGGGCUCACACAGAGUCAAUAUGUAGACCAGGCAGCAGAGGCAGCAGCACUUGUGUCUCAGCGCUCUGCCAAUCCAAGGGAGUUUUUCCGGCAGCUGUCCUCAUCGUCCACCGCUCAGCCUGCAUCCACACAUCCAGGCAGGCCUCCAUUCCGCCACUACAGUCACAGCCUGACUGAGUCAGCUUUCAUCUUUGGGAGGGCGGCUGACCCCCAAAGUCCCACUCUGGACCCUGGUAUCACCCCGGCGUCCUCUCAAGUACAAGAUGUCAGAGAUACCAGCCUUCAGUGCAUCAUCGCACCGGCAUCACCUCCUGCCUCCACCCUGCCCCCCUCCAGAUCAUUCCCUGUUUCAGUCCCUCAGCUUGAGCAGUUCCCCCCGCUGCAUGGUGCAGGUGAUCUGGAGCUACUGUCCCCUUCCCAAAGUGCAACCACUGGCCCAGAUCCUGCAUACCUAUGUGCCAGGCAUUUUGAGAACCCAUCCUCAUCUGAGGAUGCACCUUCUGCAGAGGAAGAUACUCUGGCUCCCCCUGGGAGCCCUGAUAUCACCCAGCCCCUGCAUGCUGUCUGUCCAGAAGACCCUGUGGCCACACAGAUGGGAAGUGAGGUGGAUGUGGAUUCAGUCCUCAAGGAGCAGCCCACAUUUGUGUAUUCAAGUGCCCUCCCACUGACUGACUGCAGUACACCGCAGGUCAUGGAUACUGAUCCAAACAUCAUUCUGGUAGCAAAAGGAAAAGACCAUGACAAGCAGGAACAAGAUGGUACCAGUGUUGUUCAUGUGAAGGCAUGUGAUGACAACCAGAUCCCAGCACGCAGAACAGAGACAGGUGCAGCUUCAGUGAAGGAGGAGAAAGUGCCUGUCUUUGCCGUUUCACUCGAUAGCUCAAGGUCUGCCCCAGCCACUGAGGUGGAGGACAAGGAGGAAGAGAAAGAGAGCACUGUUACACUGGAUUUGGUCUCAGAAGCUUCUCAGUGUAAUCAAGAAAGUACUGAGAGCAAAGAGUCUGUGGAAGUUUUAGAUGAGGUUAGCAUAGAAGAAGAGGCUUUGCAGAGAUCUGAGUCUCUAGCUUGUACUCCUUAUCAAUCAGGGAAGCCAUCAGUGCAAGAACAUGUGGUGAUGGAGGAGACUCCUGUGGCCAUCAGUGACCCAUGCCAUGGAUCAGAUACAGAAGGUACUAUUUUGGACAACCUAGAUCAACCCACAGCACAGGUACCAACAUUAGAAUCAAAAAUUUGGAUAAUGGAUGAUCUGAAGAGUGAGGCUGAAAAUAGACUCUUGGUGGACAACAAUGGUGCAGAGCAAAUUUAUGAGUCCAUGAAGGAUGGCCAGCACUCAAAUUUGAUGUCCUCCACCACGAAGACUGACGAGACGAGGGAAGAUUUUCUUUUAGAGGAACACAAAGGGGUGAGAGCAAAGGAUGGAGAGGAGUGUGUGAACAAUAAAAAUGGACAGAGAUUUGAUGCUGACCAUCCAACAGGGGAUGCUGUCUCAGAAGAUCUUACAGAACAUCAGCCAUGUGGUGGAAAAGCCUUAGUAGUACAGCAAAGUGAAGAUGGCCACCAGCAGACCUACCCAGCCAGUUAUGUGGAGUCACUUCCUCAGGAGGUUGUAGCCCAGCCAUGGGCUGAGAGAGAAAAAUGAAUGAACAUUCAUAAAUGCAGGUGCAACUGGAUACACUUCCACAUAAAUCCUUCAAAGACUUUUCUACCAAGCAACACAAGCAAUAUGUCAUUAUGAGACAAGUGAAGAGCAGGAGAGCACUCCAGUAUACUAUAUCCAAAAUGACAAAAAGUCUCAUACUCCCAAGCUAAAUUCCUAUCCAGACCACACACCUGGACAUGAAUCAACUAUUCCACCUUGUAGACGCUAACCUUCAGUGUUACAACAGCCUCAGUGCAGUUGGAAUGGAAUCAAUAGUUCUGGGAAGUACUUACCCAAGUACGUUUCUAUAACAGUUUGACCAAUUUUUGUUGUAUGGUGGACCAUGAAAGUACUUGAUAUCUUUUGCUUUGAUAUUUUCUUUUAUUCCAUUUGUCUGUACAGUAGGUUGUUUUCCCCAACCUUUCAUACUGCAGUUUUAGCACUCAAUAAGUUGAUCAGAUAGCUGUUUUCAGAAGAAGACAGUUUUUCGGUGUUGCAAGCAAGAGAAUGAGGAUAUUAUCUUGACACAAUGUCUUGACAAUGCUACACUUUUAUCCAGACGAACUUUGCAAAGAUACUAAUUAAAUUAGUCAGCUAAUUGAAUAAUGUGAGAACACAACUGUUGCUUUCAUUAUUGCACAGGCUUGCCUUGCACACUUUUAUUUCUGCAUAAAUAUCGUUAACAUUCUUCAUGUUUUUGUUACAUUUAUUCACUUAGCAG